UAUUUCACCACGAAAUUUGUGGGUUUGUUUGGGUUGUGUCUGCCUUGCCCUUGUGAUGGGUUUUCGGGACCUCAAGGAAAAGUAACUGCUUUCAGAUCAUCUACCGUGUGAGAAAAUCUGUUCAGUUCAAUGGUCGGUUAGGAGAAAGUUCCCUUUCAAUGUAAUAUGGGAUGAAGACCCAAAUUUCCAUACAAAGUUGAAGUCCCUAAAUGAGGCAAAUGGGAGUUUUACGUAUGAAGGUGAAGCGUCAUGUAGCUCAUUUUUGGUCGCUGAGAAUGAACAAAGUGUUGAAUUUGGUGUCGGCAACUUUGCAGGUGGGAAGAAACAAAGUUUUGAUCUUAACGCAAAGAAUGUAGCAGGUCGUAGGCCGAGACUUCGGCGCGGCCGCAGAGGGGGCUCUGUUGAUAAUGGAAAGUCGUCAUCAGUUUUAUCAUAUGAUAUGGUCCAGUCAGCGGCACAGGACAUUCCUACAUCUCCUUCCAGCGUUAGUAAAAUGGGGAAUGAGGUUUCGGUUACUGAAGUUUUUGUAAAUUCAGAUGGCAUCGAAGCUUCUACAGAUACGAGUUCGUCGGAAAGCGUUUCACGUGUUGAGUUGAAUGAACAUGUUGAUGAAACUAAACCAAUGGAUGGAUUACUUGUUGAAGAAUCUGGAUCCAACGCAGGAGAGAAACUAGGUUUUGACAGUAAUGAGACAACUACGAUUAGAGUACUGGAACAGGCACUCAAAGAAGAACAUGCUGCUCGUGCUGCUCUGUAUCUUGAACUAGAGGAGGAGAGAAGUGCUGCUGUCACCGCUGCAGAUGAGGCCAUGGCCAUGAUAUUGCGCCUGCAAGAGGAGAAGGCAUCAAUUGAAAUGGAGGCAAGGCAAUACCAAAGGAUGAUAGAGGAAAAAUCGGCUUACGAUGUUGUGGAAAUGAACAUUCUUAAAGAGAUGUCAGUUAGGAGGGAGAGGGAAAAGCAUUUCUUGGAGAAGGAAAUUGAGCGAUACUGGCAAAUGGUUUUUGGAGAUGGUCAUGUGGAUUCAACUGAGAAGCCAACGCUGGAAUUGGGACAUAGUUAACUUGAUUAUGCGAUCCCAUCAACCGAGAUAAAAGACUAUACUCUUAAUUGUGGAAAAGAACUACCAAUGCCAGAUUUGGAUGAAGAUUCCGACUCUUGCUGGACAUGCAUUUGCAUCCAAGCAUAGACUAUUCACAUUUAUUAACUAGUUCUGAUAAGUUCAGUCGCGAGUUUCAAGAAAAGGAAGUGGUGUCUGUGGAUGAAAAACCUUCUUCUCAAGGAAAAGAGCUCCAGAAACUAGAGGUAUAUCAACAACGCAGCCCGUCACCUAGUCCCGAGGGACCUAGUUUCCAUAAAAGUAUUGUUUAGAAUAAUAUUUGAAUGUUGGGCUUGAAGAAAAUAAAGCCCAAGGAUGCCAAAUAAAGGAGAUAUGCCUGAAGCCCAGCACUAAGUCCAGAAGCAAAUUGAAACCUUCUCAGCCAAGAUACAGGCCACGUGUUUAUAAUUGAAAUGACAAGUGAUGAAGACUAACCUACUAUCAGCCAAAAAAUACUUUCCAGUGGCAUUACUAGUAAAAAGUUGAUGACUCACUAUCCUCCAAAUGCUUUCUGAUAAGAGCAAAAGCUACAACAAUCGGGCCAAACUGCCUAUAAAAGGAAGAAGAGACAACGGGGACAAUGACACUCAACCAAUGAAACAAACAAAUAUACAAAUUCUGCUCUCAAGCCAAAUUUGCAUCCAAAAGCUAAAAGCAACCCAGAUUCAAUCCUUUUUAGCGAUAGUUCCCUGAAAAAGCUAUCUCUUGUCUAAUAUAAAAGCUCUGCUACCUCCCUUAGUGUUGUAGUAUCGAUUCCCUAUUGUAUACU